AUGCGCGUGGCCUCACCACACAGCCUGCGGGCGAGCACGACGCUCGUGCUGCUGAGCCUGCUGCUGUCCGCCAACGCGCUCUUCAUCAACCUGCUCCCAGGGUUCCCGCAGAGCCUCUCGGCGAGCAUCACGUCGUUCGAGAACUGGUCGGGCGAGAUCCGGACAAACAUCUACCAGACGUCCCCGAAGAACGUCGACGACCUCGUCUCCGCCGUCAACUGGGCGAGCUCGCGCGGGUGGCGCGUACGCCCGCGCGGGUUCACCCACGGCUGGGCGCCGACAAGUCUGGACAACAGCGUCAACUCGCUCUCGCGCGUGCUCGUCGUCGACAUGAAGGGCCUGAACGGCAUAACGACCAACACGACGGACAAGAGCAUCACGCUUGCGGCUGGCGCCAGCGUGGACUCGAUGCACGAGGCGCUCAAGGCCGCUGGGCUUGCGCUCGGCGCCGCGCCCGCCCUGGGAGACAUUACGAUCGGGGGCGCGCUCGCCAUCGGCGCGCACGGCACGGGCAUUCUCGCCAACGGCGAGACGCAAGGGCCUGGAGUGUCACUCGGCUCCCUGUCCAACCUGGUGCUCGAGCUCGACGCGAUCGUGUGGACCGGGACAGCGUACGCCGUCAAGACGUUCGCCCGGAACGACCCCGAGAUCGGCCCGUUCCUGUGCCACCUAGGCCGCGCGCUCAUCACGCGCGUCGUGCUGCGCGUGACAGACUCCUACACGAUGCGCUGUGAGAGCAUCACCAGCGUGAGCAUGGACCAGCUCUCCGCCGCCCCCGGGAGCGGGGGCACGACGGUCGAAAGCAUCCUGCAGAGUGCGGGCCGGAUGGAGAUUAUCCAUUUCCCGUUCACGCCCAACCCGUGGCUCAAGAUCUGGAGCCUCGCGCCCGUCAAGCCUGCCACCGCGCGUGCAGUGAGCGGGCCGUACAACUACCCGUUCUCGGACAGCAUCGACAAGCUGCUCUCCAGCCUCAUCGGGCUCGGGCAAACCAUCCUGCCGGGCGGUAUCCUCGUCACCGCGCCGGCCGUGUUCGGGAUCGUGACCACCGGGCUCGCGACGACAAAGUCGGCCGAUAUAUGGGGGUACGCCGGCGACUUGAUGCGCUACGUCCGCGCGUCGACGCUGCGCGUGACCGCCAACGGCAUCGUCAUCCACUGUCGCCGCGCCGACGUCCAGCGCACCAUCUUCGAGUUCAACAACAAGCACAAGAGCCUGCUGACGCAAUACUCUGGCCGGCUCUUGUUCCCCAUCAACGGCCCCGCCGAGAUUAGGGUUACGAGGGUCGACCAGCCCGACGACGCGGGAGUGGCGGGCGCCGUCAUGCCCAACCUGACGCCCAGUCGGCCGUUUGACGGCCACCCAGAGUGGGACACGGCGGUGUGGUUCGAUGUGCUCACGAUCCCCACGACGCCGUUUGCGUCCUCGUUCAUGCGCGACAUUGAGCAGUGGGCGCUGGCCAACUACGCGAGCUAUGCCGGCGUGCGCUCGGAAUGGUCAAAGGGCUGGGCGUAUACCACGCAGGGCGGGUGGCGCGACACCAACAUCCUCAAGAAUGUCAUCCCUGCGGCUUAUGGUCCUGCGUGGGCGAACGCGGUCGCGACGUUUGCAAAGUAUGACCCGAAGCGGCUCUAUGCGAGCCCGUUACUGGACAAUAUGGGACUGUAG